UUGACAGCGAGAACGGGAUUCCGUCUCCGUCCCGUAGCAGGUCUCCUGUCGUCGCGGGACUUCUUAGCCGGUCUGGCAUUCCGUGUUUUCCACUCGACGCAGUACAUUCGACACAGCUCCCGGCCUCUCUACACCCCAGAACCAGACAUCUGCCAUGAGCUGCUUGGCCACGCUCCGUUGUUCGCCGAUCCAGGGUUUGCAGCGUUCUCGCAGGAGAUUGGCCUCGCUUCACUUGGUGCUCCGGACGAUUGGGUCACGAAACUGGCAACGCUGUACUGGUUCACAGUGGAGUAUGGUAUGUGUCGAGAAGACGGUGAACUGAAGGCGUACGGUGCCGGUCUUCUUUCCUCAUUCGGUGAACUCAAGUACUGCAUUAAGCAGUCGGCGGAUGACGAAGACAAGACUAUUCCCACUCAUCAGAGCUUUAACCCGGAGAAGAUAGCCGAGACAGAGUACCCAGUAACUACCUACCAGCCAACAUACUUUGUAGCUGAUAGUUUUGCUGACGCCAAAGAGAAAGUCAAGGUGUUUGCGGCGUCUAUCCCGCGUCGCUUCACUGUAUACUAUGAGCCGUACACACAGAGAAUGGAGAUUCUCAGCAAGCCGGCCGAUGUCAAGAAGGCUGUGCUGGCAGCGCGAGCGCAUCUCAGUUCCCUCUUUGACUCCAUUGAGAAAGUUUGCUGAAGAGUCGCAACACUUCCCGCUCUCCACAUAUUGUCAGAUUGUGCGCUCGCUGGUUGCUAUCUGAUGAAGACUACGGGUUCACUGCCCGACCUGCAACCUGCAGCAGCCACAUAGAGGUGAACAUGUGGACUAUCCCAACUGUUGCUCCUCCUAAUGGCCACGGCAUGACUGUUGCUCCUCCUAAUGGCCAUUGCACCACUGUUGCUCCUCGUAAUGGCCAUGGCAUGACUGUUGCUCUUCCAGGCUACCACCGUCAUCAUCAUACUAACACUAACGCUAACACUACCAGUACUCAGUAAUCACGUCAGUUGUGUACUAAAACUAUUGGUUUUUUUUAUCAAUCUCAAUGUAAUGUUCACUAUUUCACAUUGGCGUGCAGUGCGUGCCUUUGUGUGACCUACUGGCUUCGGCAUGUUUGUGUUGCUAUAUUUUCUCCUUUAGCGCGUGCGUGCCUUUAGAAGAAUGCAUACGUCAUGUACAGUGUAUGCGCUAGUGGAUGAUGCAAGUGCUUAUUCACAAGUGUUUUCUUGUCCUAGAUUAUCUAGUACUGUCGUGUUGGUGAACGAUAUGUGAACUCUACUCUACUACAUGUACUCUUUAUUUAGUCUUUGCAAUGCUAACACUGCAUAUGCAUGCAUGUAGCUAUUGUCAGUAACUAGUUCGCACAUACAGGAUGCUCUAUUCUCCCCUCCCUAACCCUUUUAACCCCCCCCCCCCCCCUCCAUCCCUUCUUGGUUAUCGUCAUCUCUUAUUGCAUGGUGCAAGCUAAGUCGAGUUCGGGGAAUUCCCUCGGCUCAGAGGUAGUUGAGAUUUGCCCGCGCCCUGUCUCCUGCACGACGACGA